UCUAUUUUGACAAAGUUCUUUCACUGAGACUUCCGGGGACGCCAAGCAAACUCUCUCUCCGGAAAUUAAUCGCAUCUUCUUCGUAUAUUUUCACCAGAAAUGGCGAAGAAAAUCUUCGCCGGAGCUCCGAUCACGUUGACUAGAAGAUCAUUGAAGCUACUUCUGAAGCCCUAAAAUUAGGAUCGGGUAGAUUUUACUAUUGAAAAAUUGUUGUAAUCAAUAUGAAGAGAUGUAUGGAAAUUCGUGGAUGGUUGAUAUUGUUCUUCUUUGCUUUAUUGUUAGUCUUCUCUGUUGGAAGUGAGCCGAAGUUGAUGGAGUACGAGACAAAUAGUUCAUAUGUUUACAACCAUACUUUUGCCCUUGUCAUGGUUGAAUAUGCUGCUGCAGUUUACAUUUCUGAUAUGACAGCAUUGUUUACGUGGACAUGUUCAAGAUGCCAUGGCCUUACUGAGGGAUUUGAAGUUGUGCAGCUGGUUGUAGAUGUUGAAAGUUGCCUGCAGUCAUAUGUUGGAGUGGCAAAGGAUCCACAAGCUGUUAUAAUUGCAUUCAGAGGAACACGGGGAACUAGCAUACAGAAUUGGAUAGAAGAUUUAUUCUGGAAGCAGCUAGAUUUAGAUUAUCCUGGAAUGCCAGGAGCAAAGGUGCAUAGUGGAUUUUAUCGUGCUUAUCACUGUACAACAAUACGCCCUGCAAUUUUAAAUGCAGUUAAAAAAGCAAAGGAAGCUUAUGGGGAUCUCGACAUUAUUGUGACGGGGCAUUCAAUGGGGGGAGCAAUUGCUGCCUUUUGUGCUCUUGAUCUUAUAGUCAAUCAUAAUGCCACAAAUGUUCAAGUUGUGACAUUUGGCCAACCUCGCAUCGGCAAUGCAGCUUUUGCUUCAUACUACAGCAAACAUUUGCCGAAGACUACACGAGUCACACAUGGACAUGAUAUUGUGCCCCAUUUGCCUCCUUACUUUUCCAUGUUGCGCCGGAAAACAUACCACCACUUCCCAACAGAGGUAUGGCUUCAGGAUACUACAUCUAAAUUGAAGUGUCUUGCCCACAACUACGAGACAGUCUGUGAUGAUUCUGGUGAAGAUCCAGACUGUAGCAGAUCUGUAGUGGGAAACAGCAUUCAGGACCAUUUAUCCUAUUAUGGGGUGGACUUCCCUACGGAUGAUCCUGGAACAUGUUGGAUCGUGAUGGAUCCACUGCUUGUCGAGUAUGAAUCGAUUGAUUCAGAAGGUAAUGUCGUGUUGCUCAAGAAUCCUUCUACUCCUAUUACUCAGGCACGAAUCGCGGUGGGAAAAUGAAAUAAAUUGGUUCUGAGUAAGGUGUUUACACUGAAAGAAUUGCUGAGCAAGGAGGUCAGCUUUCCAUUUCUUCUCAUCUGAGUAUAUAUAUUAUAUUUUCUCCUCUCAAUAAUUGUCAAAACCUUGUAAGUAUUGAAAUGUUUGGUGCCUUCAUUCUUGAUGAAUCACCACUUUAUGUCUGGUCUGUAUAUAUAUUUUAUGAGGUGAUUAAUGUGAUUCAUAUUAUGUCGCA